CAAAGGAGAGGCUGGUAGAAUUGACACAAUUCUCUGGCUUCCGGUUUAGCCCGAAACGUUUAAAUUAUUGCUGUUUUGAAGAGUGGACUUGCCAUUAGUUCCAGUCAUCUGCAAAAGCUUUUCGGUAAGCUUCACUACACUGCCAAAUCAAAAAGCACUAAUCUCAACCUCUCACCACACUAGACAUAUAUCCCUCUCCCUGGUAAAAUGUUAUCCCCACUCUUCCCCCACCCUCACGGUGGUUAUUAAAAUGGAGUGAAAAAGGACUGAAGGUGAGGCUUCCUCAGGUGCUGGGUGGCUGCCACGGGAAGCUCCCAGCGCCAGUUCCGGGGCCACCACUCCUGUUUCCCCAUCAUGCCUGCUCGGCACAGGCAACUGAAGGUGAGCUGUGGCCCACGGGUGUCUUCUGGGUGGGUGACAAGGCCCAGUGAGCCAGGAUGAUAGUUUCUCCGGGGGCAUGGCCAUUCCUUCCCCUUCUCCCUGGGACAGCAAUGAACACGGCCUUUCCCUCCCGACAGCGUGUGACACCAGCGAGGGCGAGCAGCUCCAGUUCCUCAGCUGUCCCCAGCCUGCCACCACAGCCAGCAUGGCCACGGGGGCAGAGUGGAGCUGCCCCAUCUGCCGCGAAGCCUCGGGUAACAUCGCCUACGUGGGCUCCUGCUUGCACCAGUUCUGCCGGGGCUGCAUCGUGCGCUGGGUCAGGAAGAACCCGUCGUGCCCGCUGUGCAGGCAGACCGUGCACACCAUCAUCUACUCGGCGCCGCCCGACCACGACUUGGUGGAGAUGUCUGUGUUGGACCCCUCGGUGUCCCGGAGCGCCAGCCCGGGAGAGGAGCCGGGCGCCGCGGGGCCGCAGCCCCGAGCCCACGUGGCGGGGUUCCCUCCCGAGACCUGGGCGCUUUUCUUCAGCAACUACGCCGACAUCCUGCAGCCGCUGGAGCUGUGGCUGAACGAGGUGCUGUGCGGGGGCUGCUGGUGGGACGUGGCCUUCGCGCAGGGCAGGAUCGUGGCCAGCCUGUGCCGCUACGGGCUGCACGAGGAGGCCCUGGCGCGGGAGCUGCAGCCCUUCCUGCAGGAGCAGACAGCCGCCUUCGUGCGGCAGCUCAUCGCGGUGGCCGCCGACCGGUGCAGCGAGCUGGCGCGGCGCCGCAUGGACGCGGGUCCCCACCAGGCCGGCCCCGGCGCUGUCGCCUUCCCUGGCACCACCGGGGCGCAGGAGGAGCGCCGUGACGGGCCGGGGCAGGCCGGGGCCGCGACCUCGGGCGCUGGGCAGAGCGGCGGCUGCGACCGCGGGGCCUUCUGGCUGUCCGGGAGGCGCACAGGCCGCGGCACGCAGGACACCGCAGCCGCCAACAAGGAGGCGUACCGCCGGCAGAGCUAGAGUGCUGUGGCAGCACCGGGAGAAACGGGGCCGGGCAACAGCGGGGAUCUUUCUUUACUUGAAGGUAAAGAAAUUUUUAAAGAAGCCAAACCAAAGCAAAACAAAAUAACCCAGAGCCCCAAGAGCAAUUUAAAAACCGCGUGAAAAGCCUUAAUCUCUCAUUACAAGCCUUGCAUGUGGCAUUGCCAGCGCUAUUACCCACAUGCCAUCUUCUCCCGGUGCUGUGCACACCUGCCCCCUGGUGUGUGUCCUGCAACUCCACUUACAACUACGGUUGUCUGCCGUAGAUUGAAGCCCCAGUCCAUCUGUCAGAGUGUAUUUCUCACAGUUUCUUCAAGAGAUUAUAUUAUUACCGCCUCAAGUCUUAGUUCCAGUGUGUGUCUCAGUUUAUUAGCAAAUUGAUGGAAUUCCAGAGAAAUAGAAUUGUCCAUUAUACUGCUGUUGAGUAUAACUUCAGCUCUUUGAUGAUUUUUUUUUGAUUAUGAUCAAGACAUUUAAAUAUGUAUUAAAAAUUAGCUUUGUUUCCUUUUAAAUAUUUUACAUGAAUUCUUGGUGUAGACAUUCUGUGAGUGUGAAGACUUAAUUCUUUCUAUCAAGAGAUCAACAUAUUGCUAAUAUUCCAGCAAGAGGUCUUUAAUGUUUUUCUUACUUAAAGUAGAAGCC